AUGAUCGAGGAUCUUAAAACCUCUGCAGAUUAUGAUGUCAGAAAAAAGUUUGUCGAAAAUUUUAACAAGGUGCCACCACUUAAGUAUCUUGUCUUAUUAAGAUUAGGGAUUGAAAUGGGACAAGGGAUCAAUACGAAGUGCGCUCAAACCGUUGCAAAAUUUCUGAACAUUCCACUGGAGAAAGUUCGCAUAAAGCCGACGAAUAGUUUUGUAUCGCCAAAUGGUGGAUUUACUGGAAGUUCUAUGGGUAGCGAUCUGGUGUGUCAUGCUGCGAUGAAGGCUUGUGAAAUCUUAUUGAAAAAAAUGGAGCCCCUCCGACAGGAAAUAAAAGACCCGACCUGGGAGAACGUGGUCACAGCGUGUCACAAUCAAAAUAUCCUUCUUACGGCUCAAUAUCAAGACAAACCUGGUGACGAACUGAAAAGUUACGAUGUCUGGGCCGUUUGUGUUACUGAAGUUGACGUUGACGUGCUCACGGGUGAAUAUAAGAUCGUUCGAGUGGAUCUGGCACAAGACGCGGGUCUGAGUCUUUCGCCAGAAGUGGAUAUUGGUCAAAUAGAGGGUGCCUUCGUCAUGGGUACAAAAGGCGUUAGGACAUGGUUUUGACGAAUUCGCGGAUGAAUAUCUCUGGCGGGGAGUUGAAUUUUGAACUGAUUUUUUGUAGGCUGUAAGAUCAUACUCUCAGAAAGAUAUGUUUAAAAUUUUAGGGCGAUAGCUUCAAAAAUGCCCCCUCCAGUGCCCCCAGAGUUGGAAGGAGCCAAAAAAACACUUUCCAAAC